AUGUCCGUUGUUUUUGCCACCUCAGUCCUAAUAUCACUUAAUAUUGGCGCUAUGGAGGGAUCAUCCAAAGCCGAGUUGUUUAUAGAUACCAACGCUGGUGGUGGUAAACAAAGUAGUGGUGCCAACAGCAGUAACACUUCCCUUCCAGUCUCUGAGGAGGAGCGUCGUCGAUACAUAGCAGAGCUUCAAAGGGAGACAACAAAGACGAUGAUACCUGCACUGGUGUUUCUUGCCACCUUAGCCGUGGUUGGUCUAGUUGGCAACUCUUUGGUCAUUAUCGUGUACUCCCGCAAGUUUCACUUGUCAGCAACGGCAACCCUUAUCAUCACAGCAGCCUGGCUUGACCUCUUUGCAAACGUCACCGCAAUUCCUGGGGAAAUGUACAACAUGCUUCAUAAAUGGGACUUCGACAAUCCUAUUUUAUGCAAUGCUCGAUUCUACUGUUCAGCCUUCCCUACUAUCUCUUCAGCCAUGAUUCUGGUUGCACUGGCGGUGGUAAGAUAUCGAAAGGUGUGUCACCCACACAAGUGGCAGGUCACAGAGGAAAACGCUAAAGUGAUCAGCGCCGUCAUACCUAUUCUAGGAGCGCUAUUCGCUAUUCCACACGCGAUCCUGGGAGGAACACAAACAAAGGAAACACCUCAUGGCGGUAUCGUCGGAUAUACGUGCAGCAUCGAUGAUAGGUACAAAAAAACUAAAUUGCCACUCUUCAGCUAUGCACUUCUUCUACUGUUCUACAUUGAUUGCUCAAUAACCCUCAUUGCACUGUAUACUCUUAUUGGGUUAACAGCUCGUAGACACAAAAGAUUAUAUGGUGUAUCCGUGCCUGGAACUGCGUAUACAACCAGUAAAUACGACACUAACGCAGAUGAGUUUACUUCCGACCAAAAUCGGUCUAACUGUAUCAUAUGUGGAAGCCCCACUAAGAAGAGUGCAGGCUCGCCGAUGAAUAGCGAGUCCACUCUCCAAGACUCCAGCCGUCUUGGGAACAUUAACCUAAAAAGAUUUUAUUACGCACCUAACGAGGCAAACAGGGUCCCAGUCCAGUACGAGAUACGUGUUUUCCCAGAACGGAUUGAGAUUCGAACUCCUACGGUAAAGGACUUCUUUGUUAAACUACAGAAUACAAAUCCGGGUGUCGCAGAGAUCGCCAGCUACGGAAAAGGUAUCAGAUCAGACACAACGCGGACGACUGACGAAACUAUGAACACUUGUCGAUCACAAAAUAUUUCAGUAAAAACUAAUUUACUGUUUGACAAAAGUGUUCACAAUCUCAAUGGAACAGACAUUGAUACACAUUCACAGUCAGCAUCAACGCAAAUUGCCGCAAGUGAGUUCUCGAAUGAAUCUGACCCUUUAUCAGAUUUUAAAUGGCUGGACAUUGUCUAUUGCCCUGACGAUGGACACAAUACAUUCUGCUCAAACUGUAUCCAGAGAGAAACCAGCAUCUCUUUCAGGCUACCUCUCAACAACAGCUUACUACAAACAAUAGAAUGGUUGAGAUCCAGUGUUAUUGAAGCUCUGACAAGACAAGAUGAUACGACAAGAAAGACUAGUGACUUUCUUAGAGCCAGCAUCACGCCUAUAGACAAGAGCCAAAUCAACAGUAACACUACCCGUACAUUCUCUGGCAAUGCCACAAAAAUCACAGCUCCGUUGGAUCUACACCCGAGUUUUCUUCGACGCAGAUUUCAUAUACCUAUAUUCAGACGAGUUUCCCUAAUUAACGUUGGAGGUUAUCCAGCAUGCAAAAGGCCUACUGGCAGAACGACCACUAUGUUAGUUCUCCUUAGCGCCUUUUAUAUCAUUGGUUAUCUUCCACACUUAGCAAUUAUGAUUGUUAGAUUACUAGUGCCACGAGUAAUAAAAAAUUUAUCUUUUGUAGGCAAUAUUUUCUACAACGUGGUAGCGCGUAGUUACCUAGUAAACUGUGCAGUAAACCCAAUUAUUUAUAGUUUGUGUGACAGCAACUUUCGCCGGGAGUGUAUACAAAUGUUUAAAAGGUUCAACGUUCCUGAAAUAUGA